CCUAAAGGCAGGAGCUUUGCUGCCCCUGAAGUCCUUUUUCAGAGAUUUCACCGAUUUCGUUGGGUUGGCUCCAUUCCAACUCAACACCAAUUCAUACAGGGUGCUGUCUGCCCUGAGGUCCUUAUUCCACGAGCUGGGGUGGAUAGGACCUUCACCCCAAGAGAUUUUAUACCUCUUUUGUUUGAAGAGUAAUCCCUCCCGAGCUCGGGGAGGAGAUGGUUUUUACUACCUUUCGAGCUAUCCCAAAGAGACAAAAAUCUUUGAAGACCUUCCGAACCAUCCCCCUGACUUCAAAAGGGCUUUUUUCUGGACAGACGGUCUGUUCCCGUCUCGACAUCGUUCGUUUAGGCGAAUUCGUAAGUAUUCUCGUUACUUUCUAUUUUUGAGCUCGAAUCUUUAGCCCUUGUAUCCAUGUUUAGUUGAAGUGUAUCUCGCCUUUCAGCUAACUUUCAGCGUCCCACCCCCGACGAGACAAUGAAGGAGCACAGAGGGAGCCUGCUCCGACUCCCUUAUGGCAGGAGGUCUCUUUCAUUUCUGUUACAUGAGGACAAGCUUCGAGCUUGUGGCUUGUUGGGACAGGGCCAGUCAACCUCUGACUGGUCCAGUAAAAAAUACGAACGCUGGGAGGAAGUGCCUCUGCCCACAGGCAUCCUUCCUCCGAGGAGGAAAAGGAAAACACCUCUCCCAAUUCGCUCGAGAAGUCCGCGGUCAGGGAACGAGGCAAAUGAUGAAGCCUCGGGUUCGGACUCUGAUGGAGGUAAAACCCUUCCUACUUCGCGAAUGUGGUCUCCCACUUUAUUAAAACACAGGCCCAAUAGACUAGUCUCGUGCCCACAGGAUAGAUAUCACUUCUAUAUAUGGAGUUGGGUAGAUGACUGUGUCCAUAGGUUUGAUAGUGGGCUCGGGAAAUAUGACACUAUGUAUACCACAGACGAGAUGUGGAAUGGGAUAGCUGUGCAGUAUGGGACCAAUGACUAUAGGGACCUUUCGAGGUUAUCACCAACUUAUAGGGAAGGCCCUCCCCCCGCCUCUUCUGAAGACGGGGGAAUUUCAUGGUCCCCAAGCUCGAUCUCGGGGGAAAGUUCCAGCAACAUGGACUCCGACCUCGACGCCCUCAUCGACAAUGCGGGUGCCAAGAGGAGCAAGCGCCCCAGGGCAAGGGGACUGACAACCAGUCAGCCUGGGAAAAGCUCCAAGAGAUCCAGGAAAACGCAUCCUCCUCCCCCGCCGCUUAUUAUCAUUAUGUCUAACUCCGAUUGGAACCGUGCAGGUGCCAUGGACUCCGACCUUGACAAUAUCAUCGAGAGUGGUGGUGCCAAAAGGACCAAGCGUCCCAGGGCACCAUCGCGAAAGGUGGACCGGUCCGCCAAAGUUCCCAAAAGGACCGAGAAGACACCUCCUCCCCCAGCUCUUCUUGUUGCCGGCUCCAUCACGGCGCCGUCUUCGCAGAUUCUAAUAAAAGUGACUCAUGGACUUGACAAAAAGCGUCUUCAACAGUUUGGUGUUUCCGUUGAGAGCAUUAAGAAACUUUGUUCUUUCAAACCUUUCGUUGAACAAGUGAUGGGUGCACCUGUUGGAAACGUUCCUGGGACUGGAAAUGGUCCACCAUUACCCAGAAUCCUCGAGGAGAAUACUCCCCAACCAGAGGUAUCUCCCCAACAGCUUGGCAAAAAGAUAAUGAAUGAGGCAAUUCCUGUCGAAAGGAAUGCAUCAUCAACUCCACAAGAACCUAGCUAG